UGCUGUAUAAACCGUCUGCUGGCGUAUAGCAAACAUCUUAUCGCAUGUACGGCAAUGACUUGACCCAGAUGCCAGCAUCGUGUACCGGAUAAUACUUCCUUUGUACCCAUUACUAUUACAACUGACAACCUUCGUAAGAUUUGGCAAGGUCUACUUAGAGUGAAAAACACUUUUUGACGUAUGAGGGGUAAAGGGCACAGCCAGCUGCGAGGAUCGACUUUUUACUGGAAGCCCUGGUAACCUUACGAAGACAAUUGAUAUUACCUAAAUCUGUAUGUUUCUUUUGACUUAUAGACAAAGUAGACGUGAGUUGCAGUGUAUUAGCACCUUCUACUUGUCACAAUGAAGAAAUACCGUCCAGGGUCGAGUGUGACGCUUGGCCUUCUCUGCGUCGGCCUGUUGCUCCAAGGAGCAGGUGACUCACACAUGGCGUCGUUUCUUUCGGAACACGCGCCAUUCGUUGGAAUGACAGUUGCUCAAUAUGGAAUUAUUAUGAGUGCAAACAGUGUUGUAGCCAUAACGAUGUUACCAGUGAUCGCUAGGUUGACCAUGCUAAAUCUCAUUAAUGAUAAGACGUUCUUAGUUCUCGGUUAUUUGCUCGAUGCAACUGGCAUGCUUUGCAUGAUUUCAGUGUACUACUUCGCCCUUGAAGGUACUGGUUUAUUCUUCGCUUUGCUAGGAUUGCGAAUUUUACAAUCGCUUGGUGCGUCGAUCGGUUUCAAUCUCGUCUACUCUGUGAGUGGUUCGCAAUUACCAAAUCUAUCCCAUAUUUCUGUGCCGUUCCUCGAAUGUACAUACGGUAUUGGCUUGACGAUUGGCCCGGCGAUUUCCGGCGCGCUAUAUGACACUGGAGGCUUCGUCCUACCGUUUCUCUACCACAGUUCUGUGCUGUAUAUCCUUGUCAUUGUCGCAUACUUGUUCCUACCCAGCUCAUCGAGCAGUGCUGCCGAGGAGACUGGCGUAUCCCUGAAGCAACUUAUUCGGCCAACUAUUCUCGUGUGUAUGCUCAUGGUCACAACAUCGAACAUCGUCGAUACAUUUAAUGAUUCGACAUUUGCUAUGCUUCUGUCGAAGUACGCCCUAUCAACAACUGCCGUAGGGCUGUCUUUCUUCUUGCCAGCUGGGUCUUAUACCGUGUCGAGUUUAACGUCGGGCUUUUUGACCCAGCGAACGGCAGCCCGUCGGCUUAUACUACUUAUUUGCGCUAUAUCAACAAUUGCAGCUAUGCUGUUCAUACCCCCACUUGUGCCUCUGCGGGACCAUCCACUGUGGGUAGUCUACGUCGCGCAGCUGAUUCUCGGCCUAUCGAUAGGCCCAUUCUACGUCUGUUGUUACUUGAUGAUCUGUGACGAUCUGUGCCAAAUUACUGAUAGUAAAAUCGCCCACACGGCGACCGCAGCUGUCACCAACUGGUCCUCAUUUCUUGGUUGUUUCAUAGGACCGGUUCUAGGCAACUUUAUUAUCGAAGUCAGCUCGCUUAAAGAUGCGUCCAUCAUCAUUACCUCAAUUACCUCCUGUGUCACAAUUAUCUACUCGAUCUUCUUGCUAAUCAAGUCGCUUAAACGAAACGUAUCAAUCGCCAAUCUGCCUUGAGAAUUAGGAAAACAGAAUUCACCUUGAUCUCUCUAGAAAACCUUAUAACCGUAUUAUUUUAAGAACAAUUCCGGCGCCAACGCUUAGAAAUGCUGAUGUCAAUGAUCUCGGGGUAGAGCAGGCGUUAAUAUACUAGUACAACAUUAAUACGUUGGGUAUAACUUCGUGUGGUUUUCCUUCUUUGUGCUUUUUGGUGCUAAUAAAGGUGCAGCCACUUCAAGAUGCAUUAGUAUAAGUCCCGCUAUGAGCAGGCGUUGCUUCGAUAAAAGUUGUUCGCAGCCAGCCGCUAGGCAUUAGUUCCUCUCAAAACGUUGUUUUGUCAGGACCCGCAGUCCUGGGCACGUUGGACAUAGAUAGUUACUGAUACGAUGACGGACCUUAAUCGCAACUAGUAUAGUAUAAAUUCUUAUCAGUCAAGACCAGCGCAAACCACUAAUUGCGGCGUGCCAGAAGAUAGAGAUGUAAACUACGUAGAAGACCGAGCAUAAACAACAAGCGUACUAGAUACAGAAUCACUUCGUUGUGUCUUACUUAUCCGAUCGCAAAACGUAAUAUCUGCAAGAUACAAUCGGAAGAUAAAGAAGAUCAGAUGACGCUUGAAAUCAAGAACAACGUGCAUGAUUCUAGAAACGCAUUUAAUCACUCUCGUGUCAAAUGGGCUUCAGAGCAGUUAUGCGGACAUAUAGCUUAGUUAGAGAAAGAUGUCUCAGUAAUGAAAACACAAGCCUAGAUUGCCAAUCAUUGACUCAAUAAAUGUCCCGAAAUGAUAAUAAAGUAAACAAGAAAUAGAAAGUCAAGUGCCAUUGUGAAUAUGGUCAGCAUUCGGCGGUAGCUGCCAUAACGUACUACACCUUCUGUAUAUUGAUUCCACGCUGCGUAUGGAUAUAUGGAUUGAAAACAAAAUCACCACAAUGUACAUUAUCGAAUGUUGGAACCGUAUAUAGUUAUAAUAACAGUGUGCAGUAUUACCGUUACCUAUAUGAAAUCACAAGGCGGACGGGUUUUUAGAACUGUUACGCGCAUGUUGACUGUACAUAAACUUAAGAUAACAAUUAGCAACCAUGAGAUCGUUAAGGGAAACUCACGUUUGUGUACAUACAUCGACAUACGACACU